AUGGCACCUGUGAAUGAAAUUGAAAGAAUUGAUAACUUGAAUCUGAAUGCAAGAUGUGAGGUAAAGCCCAAUGCCGAUCAUUUUGAAAUCCACGUUGGAACCUAUGAGUUGGUUUGGGGCAAUAAAGCAGCUUUUCCCUGCAAAAGAAGAAAGACGGUCCAUGCAGAAGACCAUUACACUCGAUUUAGAUCACUGUCAUACACUACAACCUUGAGCAGAUACAACAAGAUGCACGGAGAUCCAAUGUUUAGCGCAAUAGUCAAUGGGAUGACAGACACUCACUGUGACACACCCACUGGCACAAUCAACAUGGCAGAUGUGUUUCCAAAGUUCAUUGAUGCAAGCAUAGCAGAGGCCGCAUUGGAGGCAGUGACGACUGGGUCUAUUAUGCCAUUGGUGAAGGAAGAGCUGAAGUGUACUAUUCAACGGAAAAGACUUGCCAGUGGACAGAAUGAAUUAGAGACAGAAACAAAGCUCCCAAGAUGCGAAAAGCUAUCUGAAGAAGAUGAACUCAAAAGAAAGAAUCGCAGAGAGAGAAACAAAGUUGCUGCUGCAAAGUGCCGUAUGAAGAAAAAGAAUGAAGCAUGUGAUCUGAAAAAGGAAUCCAUGGAGUUGGAGACGAGAAACUCAGAGUUGACCUUUCAAAUUAAAUCUUUGGAAGAAGAGAAACUCAAGUUAGAGGCCCUCUUAACUGCACAUCUACCUCACUGUCUCACUCAGUUGAAGGACAUUGUUCAAACUCAAGGGGCAGAGUCACCUGUCACUCAUCCCAUGAUAGUCCCACCCACCAGCUAUCAAUCAAAGUCAGAUGACAUUGAGGAUACACAGGUUUUGGAGGAAGACUUUCUGGUUGAGGAGAUCGUCCUUGAUGAUUUGAUUCUCGAGAUAUGA